AUGGCUGAGCUGGAUACGCUCGACAUCGUUGUCCUUGGGGCCCUCCUCCUCGGAACCUUGGCAUACUUCACCAAGGGCACGCUAUGGGGCGUCACCAAGGAUCCCUAUGCCAAUGCUUUCGCUAAUGCUAAUGGCGCCAAGGCUGGGCGCUCCAGGAACAUUGUCGAGAAGAUGGACGAGUCUGGCAAGAACUGCGUGAUAUUUUAUGGCUCUCAAACCGGAACCGCCGAAGACUACGCCUCCCGUCUCGCCAAGGAGGGCAAAAGCCGUUUCGGCCUCGGCACCAUGGUGGCCGACCUGGAAGAGUACGACUACGACAACCUCGACACCAUGUCUGGCGACAAGGUUGCCAUGUUUGUCCUCGCCACGUACGGCGAGGGCGAACCCACCGACAACGCCGUCGAGUUUUACGAGUUCAUCACCGGCGAAGGCGUCGCCUUCUCCGAGGGCAACGAUCCGCCUCUCGGCAACUUGAACUACGUCGCCUUCGGGCUCGGCAACAACACGUACGAGCACUACAAUUCCAUGGUCCGCAACGUCGACAAGGCGCUCCGGAAUCUCGGCGCCCAUCGCAUCGGCGAGGCGGGCGAGGGGGACGAUGGCGCUGGCACCAUGGAGGAGGACUUCUUGGCUUGGAAAGAGCCCAUGUGGGCUGCCCUCGCGGACAAGAUGGGCCUGGAGGAACGCGAGGCCGUCUACGAUCCCGUCUUCUCCAUUGUCGACCGCGAUAACCUGACCCCCGAGUCGCCCGAGGUCUACCUGGGGGAGCCGAACAAGAUGCACCUGGAAGAUGCCGUCAAGGGCCCCUUCAACUCCCACAACCCUUAUAUCGCCCCCAUCGCGGAAUCCCGGGAGCUCUUUUCAGUCAAGGACCGAAACUGCAUCCACAUGGAAAUCGACAUUGAUGGCUCCAACCUUUCAUACCAGACCGGCGAUCACGUUGCCAUCUGGCCUACUAACCCUGGAGACGAAGUGGACCGAUUCUUGGAUAUUAUUGACCUCAAGGACAAGAGAGACAAGGUGAUUGGCGUCAAGGCCCUGGAACCUACUGCCAAGGUUCCCUUCCCGACCCCGACUACCUACGACGUCAUUGCCCGCUACCACCUCGAAAUCUGCGCUCCUGUUUCUCGCCAGUUCGUGUCCACCUUGGCCGCAUUCUCCCCCAACGACGAGGUCAAGGCCGAAAUGACGCGGCUCGGAAACGACAAGGAUUACUUUCACGACAAGACCGGACCUCACUAUUACAACAUUGCGCGAUUCUUGGCGGCCGUCGGCAAGGGCGAGAAAUGGUCAAACAUACCCUUCUCCGUCUUCGUCGAGGGCUUGACCAAGCUGCAACCCCGCUACUACUCCAUCUCCUCGUCCUCUCUCGUUCAGCCGAAGAAGAUCUCCAUCACCGCCGUCAUCGAAUCCCAGGUGAUUCCUGCCAGGCAGGAUCCUUUCCGCGGUGUAGCUACCAACUAUCUCUUCGCCCUCAAGCAGAAGCAAAACGGAGACCCCAACCCAUCUCCCUUUGGCCACACUUAUGCGCUCAACGGACCUCGAAACAAGUUUGACGGAAUUCACGUCCCGGUCCAUGUUCGCCACUCAAACUUCAAGCUUCCGUCGGACCCUGCAAAGCCCGUCAUUAUGGUUGGACCCGGUACCGGCGUUGCUCCUUUCCGGGGUUUCAUCCAGGAGAGAGCCAAGCAAGCUCAGGACGGAGCGACAGUUGGACGCACCAUCCUAUUCUUUGGCUGUCAAAGGCGCUCGGAGGACUUCUUGUACGAAUCGGAAUGGAAGGAAUACAAGGAGGUCCUCGGUGAUACGCUCGAGAUUGUCACCGCCUUCUCCAGAGAAACCUCCAAGAAGGUGUAUGUUCAGCAUCGCCUCAAGGAGCGUUCCAAGGAGAUUGGUGAGCUCCUGUCGCAGAAGGCGUACUUUUACGUCUGCGGUGAUGCCGCCCACAUGGCUCGCGAAGUCAACACCGUACUGGCCCAAAUCAUUGCCGAGUCACGCGGCGUGUCAGAGGCCAAGGGCGAGGAGAUUGUGAAGAACAUGAGAGCAGCGAACCAGUACCAGGAGGAUGUCUGGUCGUAG